ACGCCGGCCGGUGGCGGCCGGACGCGGCGUGCGCCGGCCCCAGGCAGCCACGGGCCGCGACCGCCAGAGGUCGCCGGCCGCACCCGCUCGGGCGGCGCGCCGGCGGCGACCAGCCCCGCGCCGACUCCGACUACCACCUCAGCUCCGACCCCGGCGCCGGCGCCGGUGCCAGGCCUGGUGAUGACACGCUCCUCGCGCGUGGUCCGGCCCAGCCGUCGCUUCGUGGAGGACAACGCGCUGCUGGGUAGCGGUCCACCUGCGUCGGCGCUGGCGCCAGAACCUGCACCGGCGCAAGUGCCGGCGCGGCCGCCGCGCGCAGCCCGCGCCCUCUCGCCCACCUCUGACCAGGAGCUGGACGAGGGCGUCAUCAAGACGGUGGUGGAGUAUGCGGACAGCAUGGCGGCGGCGCCGGGGCGCGGCGCGGCCGUGGCUCCGCCGCCGGCCGCCGAGCCGCCGCCGGCCGCCCAAUCCGACAUCGAGGCCAUGCUGCGCGCCCAGUGGGACGGCCGGCUGAAGGUGCGCGGCCGCGAGGAGGAGGCUGCCGCCGCGCCCGGCCGCCACCUGCUGCGCCAGCCGCGCCUUCAGCUCAACAACCGCGUGCUGAAGCGGCUGCGCGACGGCCGCGACCUCACCUACCUCAGCGAGCAGGAGGAGGCUCCGGCCGAGCCGGCCGAGGACGCGGCGGCCGCGGCCGGCUCGGGCGGCUCGCCCGCCGCGCCCACCUCGGGUGGCGGCUACGUAACGUGCGGCCCGUGUGGAUCGCGCCGCUACGUAGCCGUGCCCAGCUUGUGCUACAAGUUUGGCAGCUGGAUCUGCCUGCACUGCAUCAAGUUCGUCCUCAAGAUGCUGAAACAGAAUGCGCCCGCCCCCAAAUGCCUCGACGACAAAGACGCGUGCCGCGUGCUUCGGGACGAGGCAGAACAGGAGCAGCCGCCGCCACCGCCCGACAGUCGCUGCGACGUCUGCUGGCUCAAGGCGUGCUUGAACGCGCUCAACUUCUCGGAGGAGCGCCACAACCGUCUGCGCUCGAGCCUGCCGCGAGCACAGCAGGCCGGCGUGCCGCUGUUCAGCCGUAAGCGUCGGUUGGAGACGGGCUGUUGCGAGUACGGGCCGCUGCGGCCGGCUGCCGCGCUGGCACCGGCGCCGGCGCCCGCCGCCCCGCCCGCCGCUCCGCCCACCCCCUGCCGCGACAAGGCCUGGGGCGGGACCUCCUCGCCCGACCCCGUCGGCUUUGAGGAGCUUAGUCGGCCGGCGGUGGCAGCAGCCGCAGCGACCGCUGCUCCGGCGACGACAUCGACAACGGUCUUGGCGCCGGCGUCAACAUCGGCCCCGACAUCGACCACGGCACCAGUCACACCACCUACCUCGACAUCGACCUCGACCCCGGCCUCCACCCCAGUGGCGGCUGCAGUUCCGGUUUCGACCCCGGCCGCGGCGUUGGCACGGGCCGGCGGCCGGAGCGGCGACCGGCCGCCGGCGCCGGGCGCGCACAGCCGCAAGGCCGUCACGUCCAUCCCUCUGGGCGGCGGCUGGAAGCGCCGCGAGUUCGUGCGCAAGGGCGGCCGGCUGGACCGUGUCGUGUGUGCGCCGGACGGCACGCGAUUCAAGUCUGUGGUCGAGCUGCAGGCGUACCUGCGCACCACCGACAUCACGCGCAAGGCCAAGUCGUUCUUCAUGGACGGGCCGCCGCCGCCGGCGCCACCGCCUGCGGCAGCGGCUGCCGCCAGCCCCGAGCCGGCCGGCGCUGAGUUGGUGCGCCUGGGCCCGGGCCACGUGCGCUCCGAUCUGGUGGUGCGCGACAGCUUCGUGAAACGCGGGCCUCGCGUCAAGCUGGUGUGCCGCAGCGCGUCGCUGGUGCUGGGCCAGCCGCGCGCCACGUUCGGCGACCCGCUGGCGUCGGCGGCCGAGCCGGCAGAGCCGUCGCCGCCGCCGCCACCGUCGGCCGGCAAGGAGAACCGCACGCAGGCGACGGCGGCUGCUCGGGACGGCUGGGCCACCGUGCGACGUCACGGCGUCACCGUGAAAAAGCUGAAGAAGCGGCGCCACGCCGGCGCCGACGAUAAGCCCAGCUCGCGCAACGUCCUGAUGAAGCUGAAAGUUUUGCACAAGUACAAACACCUGCAGCAGUCUCGCGGCAAAGAACGGAUACGGAAGUCCCGCUGUGGCACCUGCUUGGGCUGCAGGGCUAAGAACUGCACCAAAUGCGUCUUUUGCAAAGACAUGAUAAAAUACGGUGGACCAGGCCGCCUCAAGAAGUCAUGCGCUCGGCGGGUAUGCAAGAAGCCCCUGCUGCCCGGUGUCAACGUGCUGAAGCUGGGCGAGGAGGACGACCCAGCCCCCUCCGAGGCCGCCACCGCCGCCGCCGCCUCUGAAGAGCGACCCACCGAGGCGGACACCCCCGGCACCACGCCCGCCCAGGCGCGGCUGCGGCGUCCGUCGCCGCUGGUGCAGCUGGACCACUGGAGUCCGCGCGACCCAGCCGAGCUGUGGGAGAGCGGCCUGGCCGUGCUGGCCGCCCAGCCGCCCGGCGUGCCCGUCCUCUGCUUCGUCUGCGCCAGCGCCGGCAAGGAGGAGAUGCUGUACUGCAACUCGUGCUGCGAGCCGUACCACCCGUUCUGCCUGGAGGAGGGCGACGUGCCGCGCUCUGCGCUGCACCAGGAGAACUGGGUGUGUCGGCGGUGUCAGGUGUGCUGCGUGUGCGGCGCCGCGCCGCCCGACGACCCGCUCCACCGCUGUCACCAGUGCAACGAGACCUACCACCUGGCCUGCCUGGGACCGCACGCCUGCGCCGCGCCCGGCCGCGCCGACCAGCCCUGGACGUGCGUGCGCUGCACGCGCUGCCGGAGCUGCCAGAAGACCGAGAUCCACCAGUACGUGGGCAACCUGCCGCUCUGUCGUAACUGCUUCCAGCUACACCAGCGCGGCAACUACUGCCCGCUCUGCGGUGGCUGCUACGAGGACGACGACUACGACACCAAGAUGAUGGAGUGCGAGUCGUGCCACACCUGGGUGCACGCGCACUGCGAGAACCUCUCCGAGGAGAUGUACCAGAUCCUCAGCUUCCUGCCGGAGUCGGUGUCGUACCUGUGCGACCGGUGCCUGCCUGAGCCGCCGGCGCCGGGCGUCUGCCACACCGGGCUCGCGCCUGAGCAGCGGCGCUCCUUCGUGGCCGACAUCUCGUGGCGGCGCGCCGUGCGCGAUGAGUUCGAGAGCGGCUGCUCGGCUGUGAUCCGCGCCGUAUGGUCCUGCCUCAGUCGCCGCGCCACGGGCGCCGCCGAGACCGGCGCGCCCGCCGCCGCCGUCACUACGACCGCCGCCGAGACCGGCGACUACGAUGGCCGCGCCGUGACCCCCAUCAAGCCGGGCGUGGCGCAUCCGGACCACCCGUACGCGGCCGGCGCCGCCGCCGGCCCGACGCCCGCCCUCAUGACUAGCCCCACCGAGGUGCGCGCGCGCGCCUCGCCCACCAAGUACCCGCGCACGCCGCUGAAGCGGCUGGCGGCUGCCGCCGGCAGCCACGAGCAGUUCCGGCCGCUGAUCGACCUCUGCAACCGGCACUACCAAGCGCUGCGCGCGCUGUUCGAGGAGGUGGACGGCUCGCUGCGAGCCGUGCGCGCCGCGCUGCACCGCGGCCGCCAGACGCGCUGCGUGGUCUGCCUGGAGCGUGGCGCGACGCGGCGCGUAUUCAUCGAGCCGGAGGCGCUGCGCCGGCGGCCGGCGGCGGCGGCCCUGGACACCGUCACCGCUGUGGUGGGCAGCCUCACCAUCCACUCGUUCGGCGAGCGGGUGGUGUCGUCGUCGUCCUCGCGGUACCUGCUGCCGGUGGGCAUGAGCUGCUCGCGCGUGUACUGGUCCACCAUCAACCCGCGGCGGCGCACCGUCUACACCGUGCGGACGGUCAGCACGGGGCCGCCGCCGCCGUCGGACGUCCACUGCGUGGUAGACCACUCGCUGGACCGCGAACAGGUGCGCGCGUGUCUAGAGUCGCUGCUGAACCAGGUGUGCCGCUCCGUGGUCGAGGAGGAGGAGACUCUGCUGGCCGAGGCCAACCUCAACAUCCCCAUCCUGGAGAACGUCGACAACGACUUCCUCACGCUCAUGCUGAACGAGCUAUGCGAAGGCGAGGGUGCCACCUACCUGGGCGAGGCCGCCGGCAUGGACGCCGAGUGCGCCGGCCCGGACAUGGCGGGCGCCUGCUGCGCCGUCUCCGAGGCGAUGGGCGCGGCUCGCGACGCCGACGGCCGCGGCGAGCCGGGUGCCGACGGCAAGACCGAGUCGGAGAAGGUGGCUGAGAUUGCCGAGUCGCUGGAGCAGCUGGGUCAGGGCCCGGCCGAGCAGCAGGUGAGCAGCAGCCACCUGCAGAUGUCGCCGCCGCCGCCGCCGCCACCGCCGCCCCCGUCGUCGUCUCUGCCCGUGUUCACCGACUCCCUCUCGGCCGAGCAGGCCAGUUACGAGGAGCUGAUGGCGUUCAAGCCGGUGGCCACGGUGAUGCCGGAGCCGCGCGACCAGCUGGCGUGGCCGGCAGAGCUGCGCACCUACUCGGCGCAGCUGUCGCAGCUCGACGGCGCCGGCGACGAGUCGGACGACGAGGCCCUGCCCAGCAAGUGUCCUAAGUGCCGGCGCAUGUACCGCACGCGCGAGAGCAUGCUCAAGCACCAGGACCUCUGCGAUUUCGAGGUGGACAGCUCGGGCAGCAGCGAGGCGGAGGAAGAGGCUGCCGAGGGCGCGGCGCAGGUCGCCGAGCCGCGCCGCGCCUUUGUCGAGCCAGGCGAGGCCGUGCCGGAGCCGGCGGCCACCGGCGAGGCCGAGGUGUCGUCCACCACGGCCCCGCUGCCGCCCGAGCCGGACCGGCCCAAGCUGGAGAUCAAGCAGGAGGCGGAGGAGGCGCUGCUCAUGAUCGGUAACCAGCUGGUGAGCCCCGGCCACAUGCUAAUGCCGCAGGUGCAGCCGCAGGGUGUGGUGAUAGUGCAAGGCAAUGUCAGCUACACCGUACUGCCGGCACAGCACGAGCCGGUGCUGUAUGGACAGCCGGCGCCCUUCCUACUCAACUACCCGCAGCUGGCGCUGCCGCCGGGCGCCAACCUGCAGCACCUGGGCUCGUUCGAGCUGGGGCCGGCGGCUGGUCAGCUGCCGCAGCCGGUCGUGUACUCGAUGGCCGGCCUGACGCCGGCCGGCGGGCUCGUCACGUCUAUGCCCUCGCCCGAGCUGCCGGUCGCCGGCAGCCGACACGUGUACCUGGUUAAGCCCAGUACGGUGGUGGCGCCGGCCGGCUCUUCCGACUGUAGGAAGGUGGCGAAGGUGAAGCCGCGCCCCACCUACAGCUACCGCGACGCCAUGAAGACCAACCCGAUGCUGCAGCAGGAGAAGGGCAAGCUGAUGCGCCGGCUGGUGCCGCUCGACGUGGACUCGACGUCGGGGCGGGCGGCGGGCGGCGAGGCGCGCGAGACGGCCGCGCCGCCGUCGCCGGCGCCGUCCGUCAGCAGCAGCGGCCCGGCCGGUGCCGAGCCGGACGACCCGCUCAAGCUCUCCUACCGUAUCAAGCUGCGGCGGGAGCGCGCCGACGACGGAUUUCAGGUGCGGGAGAUUGUGCGAAGCCCGGCCGGCGAGCCGGCCAGCCCGGGCGGCGCCCUGCGUUCGGUCAAGAUCACGGCGCGCGUUGGCUCGCUGGGCAGCGACGUGCUGGUGGUGCCGCGCCAGCAGCGGGCCGACGCCGAGGUGGAGGUGCGCGGGGAUCGCGACCCCGAUCUGGACGACGCCGACAAGGAGAACCGGGCGCGGCCUGACGAGCCGGCCGACGCCGGCGACCCGGCCGUUGUGUACGAGGUCACCUCGGCCGACGGCCUCCAGUUCCGCUCGCCUGACAUCGCCGAGGUAUGGCGGCGCGUGUUCGAGGCGGUGCAGGACGCGCGCACCGGCAUGAAGAUGAAGCCGCUCACCUACAACGCUCGCUCGGUGUCGGGCCAGCAGAUGCUGGGCCUCACACACGACGCCAUCCAGUUCCUGCUGGAGCAGAUGCCUGGCGCCGAGGACUGCACCAAGCACAGCUUCAGGUUCCACAAACCGGAGUUCGGCCCGCUGCGAGAGAACCCGUUCGGCUGCGCGCGCGCCGAGGGCUUCAAGCAGCGCAAGCCGAUCGACAUGUUCUCGUGGUUGGCGUCCAAGCACCGGCAGCUGCCGGAGCCGAGCGGCGCCAGCCAGCCGCCGCCGCCCACCAAGCUGUCCAGGCGCGGCAGCAGCCUGGAGCUGCCCAUGGCCAUGCGCUACCGCCAGCUGUGCGAGUCCACCCGGGACCUGGUCGGCGUCUACCGCUCGAGCAUCUCGGGCCGCGGCCUCUUCUGCAAGCGCACAGUGGAAGCCGGUCAGAUGGUGAUCGAGUACGCUGGCCAGGUGAUCCGGUCCAGCCUAACCGACAUUCGCGAGCGCUACUACUCGUCGCGUGGCAUCGGCUGCUACAUGUUCAAGAUUGACGACGACUUCGUGGUGGACGCCACGAUGAAGGGCAACGCCGCUCGCUUCAUUAACCACUCCUGCAACCCCAACUGCUAUUCGCGGGUGGUGGAUAUCCUCGGCAAGAAACACAUCAUCAUCUUCGCGCUGCGCAAGAUCAGCCGCGGCGAGGAGCUCACCUACGACUACAAGUUUCCCAUCGAGGAGGACAAGAUCCCGUGCACGUGCGGCGCGCGGCGCUGCCGCAAGUAUCUGAACUGAGCGCGUGGCGGCCGCGGUCCGGCUGUGAGGGCGGCCCGGGCGCCGCCAGGGUACCGUACCUGUCGCGCGCGCGCGGUGCGGGCCGGCCGAGCGCGCGGCGCCUGCCGCCGCCGCCGCCGUCGCGCCGGCCCCACCUCUCUGUGAUUUUUACAAGUCCGUGCUUUCUGCCGCUUCGCCUCUGUGGUGUGACUGUGUGUGCGCGCGGUGUCGCGCGGGAGGGCGCCGCGUCUGUGACCGCACGACGUGAGCGGGCCGGUACGUGAGGCUGGCCGAUCGGCGCGCCUCCGUAGACUGCGCCGGGCGUGAUUGCCGUGAAAGGCGUGUGUAGUGUUACGCAUGACUCGAGAGACGCUUGGUGAUAGGUCGCGUGCGCCGGCGAGGGCGACGCGUUGCCCCAGAGUUUAGACGAAUUAUAUGGGUAAGCAAAUCCGGAAACUGAUUAUGGCGCGCGCGCUGUGAUUGUUCGUGCGUCUGGCGAAAAUGAAUUUUACGGCUCGUUUAGUCGUCCACGCACCGUGUCCCCGUUUUUAGACGCCCAUUUAGUGCUGCGUGCGUGCGAAGCUGCGUGGCCGAUCCGGAGGUGGCUUUUGGCCGGGGCCGUGCUGCGCCGGCCCGGUGCGUGCGCCACCUUCCAGCGCCGGGCUGCGGCUAGCGGCCCGGCGCUGGCUGCGCGACCACGCGCCGAAUAGAGUAGACCCGCCAUGCACGCGUGGCGAGCUGGCGCCCGGUGUGGGCGGCGCGGCACGCGCUCCCGGGCAGUGUCUGUGGGCUGGAGCUGCCGGAGCUGUCUUUCGUCAAGUAGCUGCUAGUGCUGCUGUUGCGGCCGGCCGUCCAGGCGUAUACUCAGCCGGGUGGGGCAGCGAGAACGAGGCGAGCGCGUCCGUGCCUUUCCAAGGGAGACCUGAAUAAAAUGUGAUACCGUAGGUAAGACAAACC